UGAACCAGAAUUCAGAAAACUGGCUACCACCCGGCUGGACUGUGAAGGUCAAAGUGAGGAAGAGUGGCAAGAAGGAUAAGAUUCUUACUGAUCUGAGUAAAUGGCUUACCUUCUUCUUGCUCCUUUGGCUAUGAUGCUCCCAUAUAAUCCUUGGCCAAGGUUCUAUCUGCAUUUUGAAUCAACUAGUUCAUCCCAUUUUAGGCCCUUUCUGUUUAGUCUUGCGUGAAGCAGCAAACUAUGGUAUCUUUUUCCUUCAGAAGAGGGAACUACAGCUUGUAAUAUUAGUGCAACUUCCAUUAAUGACUUAACAACAUAACAUGCCUCUUCCUAUUUUAAUGUCUUCUAGUUAUUUGCUUUUGGUAUUCAAAUAUUUGUUUGAUAACCAUGAAUUCUACUACCAUUUGGAUGUUCAUAUGAAAAGUAAGUCUGAAUAAAGAUCACAAAACUGAUGGUAGCCAAUUAUGUUCUGUUUUUUUCAUUUCAAGAUAAGUAAUUAGUUGGAUCUUUGAGACUAAUUCUAAUGUUGCAGUAUUAUUUUGAACCCUCAAGUCAAAUGAGAUUUAAUUCUAGGGCAGAGGUGUUUAGAUACCUCAAAACUCCUGCAAUCAAUCAUCCUGAAUCUGAAGGGAGCAGAACCGUGGAGCAACCAGAGAACAAUGUGGAAGUUAAGAAGACUAUAGCAAAAGGGUUACCUCCUGGAUGGAUCAGAGAAAUCAGAGUAACGAGGACUGCUAACAGAAUAAGAAGAGAUUCAUUUUACAUUAAUCCUGUAAAUGGAAAUGCGCUUCGCUCGUUGAGGGAUGUACAUCGGUAUCUAACAAGUGGAAAGGUGAGCCGAUUAGCUUAUAAAUCAAGGAGCCAGAGCAACAGCAACAGCAACAGCAACAUUGAGUUUCAGCACGAUGAUAUCUCUUCACCUUCUGUCUCCGAGAAAGAGAUGCUAGCGAUUGGCAAAGCAAAGAGACAGAUUAUAUGGAGCGACAACUCACCGGAACCGAGUGAAAUAGUAGAUGAUGAAGCUAUUUUUCCAAAGGCUGCAAGUGUUGGGGAAAGAAUGCCCUUUUUGAAACCUAAUUUAACUCACGGGAGGAUAGGCGCUAAGUUGCACUGCUCAACUCCCGAAGAGGCAAAAGAACGUGAGCAAUCAGAAGGAAAGAAUAAUUUUUCCGACUUUGUGCCAACUCCUGAUAAAUCCUUCCAACACAAGUGCACUAGUGAGAAUGGGGCAACAAAGAUUGAGAGUAGAAAGAGACAAAGGAAAAGUAAAGACAUAAACUUGCGAUGCCGUGCUUCAAAGCGACUUGCAGGGCUCCAAGCUGAGCCAGUGCUUGAAGCUAAAACUGGUCACCAAGCGUGUUCGAUUGCAUGUGAAGAGUCUGAUAAGCAAGUAGCCAGUACAACUAAGUGGCCAUCUCAAAGUCCUGAAAAUCCUGAUGUCAAGCAUGAAACAAAGAGCAUAAUUGACCCUCCUAAGAUUGACACAAAUCUAGAUUCAAGUAGAAAAGAACAUUCUGCUGUUGACUUGUCCAUUCUGCCUGAGAAGGUUAAGAAGAUGAAAUCUGAAGAUGCAUAUGAGCUGCAGCAGCCGAAAUGCAAUUCCUUUCUGCCUUCAGAGGACGUUCUGGAAAAGCAUGUAGGGCAGGUGGAAAGUGAUGAUAAGGCUGAUGUGAAAAAACAAGGCACUCUUCUUAAACUGCCUAUGGAGGACUUACUGACUGAUCCUUGCAUUGCAUUUGCAGUUAAAACGCUUACUGGAGACGUUUUUGACGCAUCCAUAAGCUCAGAAGCAUCACUGAUGCCAAACAAUAUCGAUCGGCCUUUCGUGGCCUUUACUCACUUGGAAUCAGAAAACAAGCUUAAUGAGAAGUUGCCAUCUCCAGAACUUCCUGUUACUCGAGUUGGGAAAGUCGAAAAUAACAACAUUGUUGAAAAGCUAGACUCGACUCUGAAGCUGCCAGUUGGGGAAAUAUGGGCGGACCCUUGUAUAGAAUUUGCUAUUAAAACUCUUACUGGUGAGAUCCCACUUGUUAACAAUCCAGAUAUUGAGGAUUACUUUCACCAAUUUGCCCCCUCAAAAACCGAAGGAACUAACGCAAAUGCCUCGAAUCAUGUUGGUUCGUAUUAGUUACAAGACUGUGCUAGCCAGAAGGGGCAGGUUAUUCAAGCACUGGAGGCAUCUCUUAAGACCAACUUCUGAAGCUGUGGCACUGGUUUGCACCAACAAGAAAGCAACACUUUCAAAGGCUAAUACCAACUUUAUAACUUGUAUAGUUUCGGUUGGCUGCAUAGAAAAGAUAAACGUCCUUGUUUACUUUUUCUUUUUUUCUUGUUUUGCUAGUUUUGGUCAGCCAACCCUCUUUUGCUUAAGUUUUGUACCUUGCCUCCUGGGCAACGUAAUGUGCUUGUGUGAUAUCUCCACACACAACUUGAUUUUGAUUUGGUUGUAAGUUACCGUCAGUAGUAGACCUUAAUAUGGUGAAGUUGUUGUUCGAUCUUGUUAAGUAUGCAGCGUUUUUUUAAUGGA